AUGUGGUUUACAACAGGGAAGUGAAUGGCAGCAAAGUCCCAGCCUCCAGCCGUCCCCAGCCUGCAACACAGCCUCUCACCCCCUGUCUCCCCUCUCCCCUGUUCCCCUCUACACCAGCUGCAAUUGAACCAGCACCCAGCAUUGUGUGUAUGUGUAUAUGUGUGUGUAUAUAAGGUGGAGCACAAAUUUGCUCUUGAGAAAUUGCUGAAGGAGACAAGCUUUCUAAAAAAAAACCCCACCACCAACAGCAGCGAACAGAGACGUGAAGACGUUGCUCUCUCUCGCUGUCCGCCCUGACCCAGCCGCCAUGUUGACUCUCAGGCGACCAGCCACCGUGUUGAACUCGGCACCGGUCAAGCCCUUCACCAGCCUGUAUUCUCACUGCGUGAAGUCGGCCUGCUUUACCAGCCGGGCUCCAGGAUGGCAGGAGGGCAGGAGACUGGACGAGUGGUGCCAGCGGGCUGGCAGUGCCCUGCGCUGGGCUCUGGGCUGCCUGCGAGGGGAGGUGAGGAACGGGGUGAGCGGGAGGAGCAGAAUGGUGACUAUAUUGGCCAGUCAGUGUAGCUACGUGACGGGGCUGAGGCUGAGGCGAGCGCAGCAGAUCGCCCAGCUCUACAGUAACAUCUACUCCGAGAAGUCACGGAGGAGCCUCCUCUCCAGCCUGUGGCGUAGGUUUCACAGCCGACACUCGGGCUCCUGUAAGCUGGUGGCUGCCUUCGCCGCCGUCUUCAUGUGGGACGAAGAGAGGAUCCGCGACGAGGAGCUCAACAAGUGUGUGGAUGAGUUUAAGGACCUGAAUGAGUUGCUGACAGAGAAGCCGGCAGCGAGUGAGGCCGUGACCUGCUGCCCCGACCACAGCUGGGAGCUGGUGAUGGACAGAGCAGCCUUCAGGCUGUGGCGCAGACCGAUCCAGGGCAGCCACCUGUACCAGUACCGAGUGUUUGGGACGUACAGUGACGUGACCCCUCGACAGUUCUUCAAUGUGCAGCUGGACACCGAGUACAGGAAGAAAUGGGACGAGCUGGUGAUCAAGCUGGAGGUAAUUGAGAAGGACGAGGUCAGCGGCUCUGAGAUUGUUCAUUGGGUCACACACUUCCCGUACCCCAUGUAUUCCCGGGAUUACGUGUAUAUCCGUCGUCACCACGUGGAUCACAGUAACCGCCUGAUGGUGCUGGUGUCCAGAGCUGUAGAACACCCGAAUGCCCCGGAAUCCCGCACUUACGUGCGAGUGAAAAGCUACGAAUCGCAGAUGAUCAUCCGGCCUCACAGAUCCUUCGAUGAGAACGGCUUUGACUACCUGCUGACGUACAGCGAUAAUCCAGAGUCAGCCUUCCCUCGCUACUGUGUCAGCUGGAUGGUGUCGAGCGGAAUGCCUGAUUUCCUGGAGAAAUUGCAUCAGGCAGCCGUGCGAGCCAGGAACCUGGAGAUCAAUGUGAAGGAUUACAUCGUGGCCAAAGUCCCUGAGACCCCGGAGAACAAGGUGGUGCAGAGCACGGAGCGGCCACAGGAGAACAGCAGCUCCCAGCAGAUGGAAUACGCAUAGCACCCCCCCCCCCCCACCACUGCCCACCUCUGACUGAGAAGCAACUUUUGAGGCACUUGUGUGAGAAACGUGACAAACAGGCAGCUUGGUCAAUCCUCCCAGACCCACCAGCCACCUCCUGACCCAAACCAGACCAAGCUUCACCGGCUCCACACACGGGACGGAUUGAGCUCCUGUGGCAUCAACAAAUGUUGCUGAGCAGUGACCUGGAGAGGGGAAGUAUUAAUAUUAUUGUUAUUAAUAAUGUAAAAAUGUUGAUGAAACUACAACUGUAGAUGGAGUGGGAAGGCAAGUCCUGCCUUUAAACAUCUCUCCAGAUCUAAAGUCUAAAACCUUACAGUUUUUUUUAACGUGUUGUUAAUGAAUGGUGUGUAUACACGGCUCAGCCUUUGUACCGUGUGGCUACUAACCCAAGCACUGGCACUCUAAAGCUGAAUAAACAGGCGC